UCCCACCCCUGCCGUCCAUGUCACGCCUCGGCUCCUUCCUUUCGCCUCCCCGGCUCCUGCCCCUGCCCCUUGUCCUCUUCCCCACCCCCUCCGGAAUCUGGCCGCGCACCUACUCGGGUUCCCUUCUCGCUUUCCCGUCUCCGUUUUCUUUAUCCUGCGGGCGGGGCGGGUGGAGUGGGGCAGUCGUUGCUCUCGGAUCAAGGAGAAAGGGUGGACAAAAAAAACAGUGCUUUCUCUCUGUGGCCGGCGGUUCGCCCGUCGCUCGCUCGCUGAAGCCGUGUAGCAGCUGCAUCCGCGCCCUCUUGUUGUGUGGCCAAACGGGUUACGGAACUCGAGCGCCGUUUUGGGGGGUUCCGAAUCACUUCGAGGCUAAAGGAGGUUUGAUCAUCACAUAAGCUCAAGAUCAUGAGUUGGUUCAAAGAAAUUUUCAAGGGUUCAGUAAACAGAAGAGUUUCAAGGGGUCACUAUGAUGGAGGCUGGCAUGAAGGACAUUCAUCUGAUCACACCAGAGAUACCUACAAUGACAGUGAUAAUGAAGAUAUAGAUCGUGCUAUUGCAUUAUCGCUAGCUGAAGCUGAGGAAGAUCAGAAUAAGGGAAAGGCAGCGGCUAUUGAUACUGACUAUAAUUUGGAGGAAGAUGAACAACUUGCACGGGCUCUGCAGGAGAGCCUGAAUUCAGAGUCUCCUCCUCGACGGAAUGUUCCUAUUGAGGAUGUUCCAGUGCCUCCUCGAUGGGAUGUUCCUGUUGAGCGUGUGCCUCCUCGGCAGUAUGUUCCAGCAAAUGAACCACCUCCACACGUUUAUUCACAGAGUGGAUCCAGGAUUUGUGCUGGAUGCCACAACCCAAUUGGCCAUGGGCGUUUCCUUAGCUGUAUGGAUUCAGUUUGGCAUCCUCAAUGCUUCAGAUGUUUUGCUUGCAACAAGCCCAUAUCAGAGUAUGAGUUUGCUAUGCAUGAUGAUCAGCCGUACCACAAAUCCUGCUACAAAGAGUUUUUUCAUCCAAAAUGUGAUGUCUGCAACAACUUUAUUCCAACAAAUAGAGAUGGCCUCAUUGAAUACAGAGCACAUCCUUUCUGGAUGCAGAAGUACUGUCCUUCCCAUGAAGAUGAUGGCACUCCUAGAUGCUGCAGUUGUGAACGAAUGGAGCCAAGGGAGAUCAAGUACAUAACAUUAGAUGAUGGGAGGAAACUCUGCUUGGAAUGUCUCACUUCUUCAGUAAUGGAUACUCCAGAAUGUCAACAUCUUUACAUGGAUAUUCAGGAAUUUUUUGAAGGUUUGAACAUGAAAGUAGAACAGCAAAUUCCAUUACUUUUAGUUGAGAGGCAGGCUCUGAAUGAAGCCUUGGAAGCUGAGAAAAAUGGGCACCACCUACCAGAAACCAGAGGUCUAUGUCUUUCUGAAGAGCAAAUUGUUAGAACGAUCUUAAAAAGACCACAGAUUGGACCAGGAAACAGAAUCAUAGAUAUGAUUAUAGGACCAUACAAGCUGUCUCGGCUGUGUGAAGUGACUGCAAUCCUUAUAUUAUAUGGUCUGCCAAGAUUACAAACUGGUUCCAUUCUGGCCCACGAGAUGAUGCAUGCAUAUCUUCGUCUCAAAGGAUUCCGAAAUCUUAGUAUUGAGGUUGAAGAAGGCAUCUGCCAAGUUCUGGCCCACCUGUGGUUAGAGUCAGAAAUCAUCGCUGGUUCUAGUAGCAACGUCGCAUCCAGUUCAGAAGCAUCGUCAUCUUCGUCAUCCUCAGGUCCUACCUCUUCAAAGAAGGGUGCAAAGACCGAAUUCGAGAAGAAGCUUGGGGCAUUCAUCAAGCACCAGAUCGAAACAGAUUCUUCUGAGGCAUAUGGAGGUGGUUUCAGAGCAGGCUAUCCGGCUGUUGAGCGCUAUGGCUUGAAAAGAACCCUUGAUCAUAUUAAGUUGACAGGGACUUUCCCAUAUUAAAGCAACUGAAGUAAAGGAGGGGGCAUUCUUCCAUUUGUGAGGAUACUCCACAUUGGAGGAUUUUGGUUUCGGUUAUACAUAUACUGGUAUACAUAGUUACAUACAAAAUGAGGGGAAUUUGGCUGUAAAUCAAGAGGCGAAAGAACCCGCUGCUGCGAAAACUUAUUGCAAGUGUCUUUAUACUUUUUAUAGGAAAACAAUACAUGUAAGUUUUCAGAUAGGGAAAUUGAAAAGACCAUAUGUAAUGGUAAACUCUUUGCUCAGUUUUCUAGUUCAUUUCCCCAUUACA